AUGGCCAGUCUGCAGUCUCUCCGGCCGUUGGCACGGACCGCCGCGUCGUCUUGCCGUCGUGUCGCCCAGCGUCGCGGCACGGCACCACUCCCCUUCGCCGCUGCCGCCGCGUCGGCCAUGACCUUCCAACAGGCGCGCCUGGCGUCGUCCAAGCACCCCAAGGGCUUUGUCCCGCCGACGCCCGAGGAUCUCGAAGAGCUGCGCGAGCGCGUCCAGGAGUUUGCGCGGCGCGAGGUCUCCGAGGAGGUGGCGGCGGCGGCCGACAAGGACAACGACUUCCCGGCGGCGCUGUGGCCCAAGCUGGGCGAGGCAGGCUUUCUGGGCAUCACGGCCGACGAGGACGUGGGCGGCCUGGGCCUCGGCUACCAGGCACACUGCAUCGUCAUGGAGGAGCUGUCGCGGGCGAGCGGGUCGAUUGCGCUGAGCUACGCGGCGCACUCGCAGCUGUGCGUGAACCAGCUGCAGCUGCACGGCACGCCCGAGCAGAAGGCGGCGUACCUGCCGAAGCUGACGUCGGGCGCGUUUGUGGGCGCGCUGGCCAUGUCGGAGAGCGGCGCCGGCAGCGACGUGGUCAGCAUGCGGACGACGGCCAAGGAGGCGACGGACGACCAGGGCCGCCCGGGCUACGUGCUCAACGGCAGCAAGAUGUGGAUCACCAACGGACCGUACGCGGACGUCGUGGUGGUGUACGCCAAGACGAAGCCGGACGCCGGGUCCAAGGGCAUCACGGCCUUUUUGGUCGAGACGGCCACGUCGCCCGGCUUCUCGUGCGCGCGCAAGCUGGACAAGAUGGGCAUGCGCGGCAGCCCGACGGGCGAGCUCAUGUUUGACAAUGUGUUUGUGCCGGCCGACCGCGUGCUGGGCGCGCUGCACGGCGGCGCGCGCGUGCUCAUGAGCGGCCUGGACCUCGAGCGGCUGGUGCUGAGCGCCGGCCCGCUGGGCCUGAUGCAGGCGGCGCUCGACGUGACGCUGCCGUACGUGCACCAGCGCAAGCAGUUUGGCGUGCCCGUGGCGCACUUCCAGCUCGUGCAGGGCAAGCUGGCCGACAUGUACACCAAGAUGCGGGCGUCGCAGACGUACACGUACGCAACGGCACGGCAGGUAGACGAGACCGGCGUGAUCCGGACGCAGGACUGUGCGGGCGCGAUCCUGUACGCGGCGGAGCGGGCGACAGAGUGUGCACUGGACAGCAUCCAGCUGCUCGGCGGCAUGGGCUACAUGGAGGAGAUGCCUGCAAGCCGGAUUCUGAGAGAUGCAAAGCUAUAUGAGAUUGGUGCCGGCACGAGUGAGGUGCGGCGGAUGGUGAUUGGCCGGGCAUUCAACAAAGAGUAUGCUCAAUAA